CAGAACGGCAAUCCUUCUGCCCGGUCCUUCCUCCAGUUCGGCUAGCGGGGCAGCGCUCCCUGCUGCUUCUCCCUCCCUGGUACUCCUCCAGUCGCGGCCUCCCACUCCCCAGCCGAUUUCUCUGCGCGCGAUACUCCCUCCAGUCCUCCCUGCUCGCGUCGUGAAUUCCCUGCCAUGGACGCGCGCCGAGCUCCUCGCGCGGGUCUCUGGUGCCCAGCCGACUAGCUCAUCUCCCUUUUCUCUGAUGGCGCGCCCAAGCACUGCUCCUGCACCGUGCCGCGUUCCAGCUCAGACUACCCUGCUCCUACGCCCGGUUCCAGCUCGCUGGAGCUCCUGCGCACGUCGGAUCCCAGCUCGCGGAGCUUCCUCCUGCUCUGCUCAUCGGUCGCGCCCUGCUCUCCCAGCCAUCUUCCUCUUCCCCACCACUGGCUCGACCGCACGCCCUCCCAGCUCGGCCAUGGCCACCGCGCCGUGGAGCCCUGCGCACCGUGGUGCUUCUUUCCUGCCCCUCCCAUGGCGGCUCCCCUGGAUCCCUCCUCUGCUCGGUCGCCUCCCUGGAGUCCAAGUCCGGACGCCGCUCCAGCCUUCUCCUUUCUCUCUUCUCUAGCCCUGUUCGGCCUCAAGCUUCAGCCAUGGUGGCGUGUCCAUCUCCCUGGUAUUUCCCCAAGCCGCGCCCCUCUGCUUGACUAUGGUCACCGUCACGCCCAGGAUUUGGCCGCGCCUGUAGUUUCCAAAUUCGUCUUCAGCUCGCGGCGCUCAUCUUCUGCCCCAGUCCUAUGUCAACCUCGCUAACCACCCAUGGUUGAUCCUGUGGUUCGUGAGGGUGAAUCACAGUUUGAGAUUGAAAAAGGAGCUUAGAAGGUGUAGAUAAUGAAGCUCCAGAUUGACGUUUGCCAGAUGUUCGGUGGAACGCCUGAAUCAAAGUUCGUCGUCGUUCUUGUGGAUUUUGGAUCGAUUUGGCUUGGUAAGCUAGAUUCAGGAAAAGCACUUAACUUGUGAUGUAAAAUUUUAGCUUAAGGACCCACUUCUAGUAAGCUUUUCUGAAAAAAGAGUCUUUGAAACUUGAUGCUUUGAUAGUCUUUUCUUUAGUCGGGUAAUUCUUGCUGAGUAAUUUCAUACUCAGGGUUUUAUUACCUGUUGUUUUUCAGGUU